CAAAUGGAGUUCUGUUGAGGUCAAAGAAAGCCAACGUAGGCUGCCUUCACAAACCCGAAUCAAGGCUUCGAAAUCUUCUCUCCUGAUACUAAUUUGCUCCCUGUAGACAGACUCAAAGCUUUGCAACAAUGGCGACAUCAACAGUAUCGUCCUCUUCGUCAUAUUUUACAGGGAAAUCGGAUGAAGAAAUCGAGGAAAUGCUUGAUCGAAUGCUUACUCGAUUGGCCCUUUGCGAUGACCCCCAACUCGAAAACUUGCUCCUUAAGUUACUUCCUGUUACCAUUUCCUCGCUCUCACGUCCAUCCUCUGCCGUCAGAACCAAGGUAAUGGAAAUCCUAAGCCAUGUCAACAAGAGAGUGAAACACCAGCAACAGAUAGGUUUGCCUUUGGAAGAAUUAUGGGAAUUGUAUAUGGAAGCUAAUGCUGCUCCAAUGGUUAGAAACUUUUGCAUUGUGUACAUUGAGAUGGCAUUCGACCGUGUCAGCAAAGAGAAAAAGGAAAAUAUUGCACCCACUAUGAUAGCUAACAUCUCAAAGCUUCCUCCUCAACACCAAGAUAUAAUUUUCAGAAUAGUCAUAAAGGUGAUUGGUGAAUGUCACUCAAGUAAAAUUAGUGAUGAAAUUGCUGCAAAGUAUAAACUCAUAAGUGGAUCUCAAGACAAAGAGAUGUUUGUUGAGUUUUGCCUUCAUACACUUUUGUAUCAACCAUCAUCCAUUAGUGGGGGAUCCCCACCUGGGCUUUCAGUUUCUCAAAGCAACCGUGUGGCAGGGAAGACUCCACUGAAUCAUGACAUGCUUCUCAUUAGAAAGUUGGGUUUGCUGAAUGUUAUAGAUGUCAUGGAGCUUCCAGCUGAACUUGUAUAUCCUCUCUAUGUUGCUGCAUGUGUUGAUAGACAUGAGCCUGUUAUUAAAAGAGGCGAGGAACUUUUGAAGAAGAAAACUUCUGGUGUACAAUUAGAAGAUUCUAAGCUGAUAAAUAGGCUGUUUUUGCUAUUCAAUGGGAAUGUUGGAGCUGAACAUAUUGCUCAAGAUUUGAGGGUCAGUCCUGGGAAUCCUGCUUUACGAGUGAGGUUAAUGUCGGUAUUUUGCCGGUCAAUUACAGCAGCAAAUAGUUUUCCUUCAACUUUACAGUGCAUAUUUGGCUGCAUAUAUGGAAAUGGUACCACAUCAAGGUUGAAGCAAUUAGGAAUGGAGUUUACUGUAUGGGUUUUUAAGCAUGCAGAAAUUGAGCAGCUGAAACUAAUGGGCCCUGUUAUACUUAGUGGUGUUCUUAAGUCCCUUGAUGGUUAUACAGGUUCAGAAUCAGAUACAAUUGCACGGGAGACCAAAACCUUUGCUUUCCAAGCAAUUGGAUUGCUUGCAAAGCGCUUGCCUCAACUUUUCAGAGAUAAAAUUGACAUGGCUCAACCAACUCUCUUGCUGUUGCAUAUAAAGAUGCACCAAAAAACAGUCUUAAAUGAUUUAGAGUCACUUCUCCUGGAAAAUUCUCAAGUGGAACAAGGUGAAGUACGAUUUUGUGCAUUAAGAUGGGCUACAACCUUAUUUGACUCACAGCAUUGUCCAAGCCGAUUUAUCUGUAUGCUUGGUGCUGCAGACACUAAACUGGAUAUAAGGGAGAUGGCAUUGGAGGGUCUCUACCUUGGGAAAGAUCAAAGUAGAUCCACCAGUGAAACCCUAAAUCUCAAAUACCCUAAACUGUCAGACAUGCUAGAUUACAUUGUUAAACAACAGCCUCAAUUGCUAGAAUCAAGUGAAAUUAGGGAAGAACGGCUUCUUUUUCCAUCUCAGACAUAUAUUGCUGCAAUUAGGUUUUUGUUACAGUGUUUUGAGGCUGAUGUAGAUCAAAAGAUUGCAACAGAAACAACUGUAGGGAACAUGUGUUUAUUGUUGGAGCAUGCAAUGGCAUAUGAAGGUUCUGUUGAGUUGCAUGCAACUGCCUCCAAGGCUUUGAUUGAAGUUGCAUCUCACUUUCCAGAGGUGUUGGCUUCUCGUUAUGCUGUUAAAGUACCAUGGUUAAAGCAGUUACUAGCCCAUGUGGACUUAGAUACACGAGAAUGUGCAGCUCGAUUACUUGGAAUCGCUUCUUGUGCUCUUCCUAUGGCUGCUGCUUCUGAUCUUAUUCAUGAACUGAUUUCAUCUAUCAAAGGAUCAGUAAAGUCAAGGUUUGAAAUUCAGCAUGGAAUUUUAUGUGCUCUUGGAUAUGUCUCUGCAAACUGUUUGUUAAGAACUCCUACUAUCACAGAUUCAUUGCUUCAAAACACACUGAAAUGUCUAGUUGAUGUAGUCAAUUCUGAAAGUUCUACAUUAGCUUCAGUUGCAAUGCAAGGGCUAGGUCAUAUUGGGCUAUCUGCCCCCCUACCAAAACUUGCUCAUGACUCUCACACAGAUGAUGUCUUGACAUUUUUACGUGAAAAGUUAAGCAAGAUUCUUUCUGGUGAUGAUACAAAAUCAAUUCAAAGAAUUGUUCUAUCUUUGGGGCAUAUGUGUGUCAAGGAAUCAUCUUCUUCCAUCAUCAAUGAGGCACUUGACUUAAUCUUUAGUCUUGCUCGAUCUAAGGUUGAGGAUAUUCUUUUUGCUGCUGGUGAAGCUCUUUCAUUCUUAUGGGGUGGAGUUCCAGUGACUACAGAUAUGAUCCUGAAAACCAACUACAGCUCACUCUCCAUGACUUCAAAUUAUCUAAUGGCAGAUAUACCCUCAGCUAUCAUCCCAACAUCUAUUGGGCUUGAAGGAAAUGAAGAGUGCCAUGUUUUUGCUAGAGAUACGAUUACUAAAAAACUGUUUGAUAGUCUAUUAUACAGCACCAAAAAAGAAGAAAGAUGUAGUGGAACUGUUUGGUUAGUAUCUCUCACAAUGUACUGUGGUCAACAUCCAUCAAUUCAACAAUUACUUCCAGAUAUUCAGGAAGCAUUUUCACAUCUAAUUGGUGAGCAAAAUGAACUCACACAAGAACUUGCAUCUCAAGGUUUAAGUAUUGUAUAUGAACUUGGUGAUGAAUCAAUGAAGAAGAAUUUGGUAAGUGCAUUAGUUGGCACGCUGACUGGGACAGGAAAGAGGAAAAGAGCAGUGAAGCUUGUUGAAGAUACUGAAGUAUUCCAAGAGGGGUCGAUUGGGGGAACUUUGAGUGGAGGGAAACUUAGUACAUACAAGGAGCUUUGCAAUUUGGCAAAUGAAAUGGGACAACCAGAUUUGAUUUAUAAAUUCAUGGAUUUAGCCAAUCAUCAAGCUUCUUUGAAUUCCAAAAGAGGUGCUGCUUUUGGAUUCUCAAAGAUUGCCAAGCUGGCAGGUGAUGCAUUACAACCAUAUCUUCGCCAGUUGGUUCCAAGGCUUGUAAGAUACCAGUACGACCCUGAUAAAAAUGUUCAGGAUGCAAUGGCACAUAUUUGGAAAUCACUUGUUGCAGACUCGAAAAAAACUAUUGAUGAAUAUUUGGAUCUGAUUAUUGAAGAUAUGUUGGUACAAUGUGGGUCCAGGCUUUGGCGUUCCCGUGAGGCUUCCUGUCUUGCUCUUGCAGAUUUAAUCCAAGGGCGUAAAUUUAAUCAGGUUGGGAAGCAUCUAAAGAACAUAUGGACAGCUGCAUUUCGUGCUAUGGAUGACAUAAAAGAGACUGUUAGAAAAUCAGGGGAAAGACUAUGUCGUGCUGUUACUUCAUUAACAUUAAGGCUUUGUGACAUAUCUCUCACUGAAAUUUCUGAUGCAAAAAACACAAUGGAUAUUGUUUUACCUUUGUUGCUCACUGAUGGAAUUAUGAGUAAAGUUGAUGACAUUCGCAAGUCAUCAAUUACCAUAGUCACAAAGCUUGCAAAGGGUGCAGGCAUUGCAAUCCGCCCACAUUUAUCUGAAUUAGUUUGUUGCAUGCUUGAAAGCUUAUCAAGUCUUGAGGACCAAGGACUGAAUUAUGUUGAGAUGCAUGCAGCAAAUGCUGGGAUACAAACAGAAAAGCUUGAAAACUUACGAAUUUCAAUUGCCAAAAGCUCUCCACUUUGGGAAACCCUAGACUUAUGCAUAGAUGUUGUUGAUGACCAAUCACUAGAACAGUUGGUUCCACGUCUUUCCCAAUUAGCUCGAUCUGGUGUUGGCCUAAAUACUAGGGUUGGUGUGGCAAGCUUUAUUAGCCUUUUAGUUCAAAAAGUUGGUGGAAGUAUUAAACCGUUCACAAGCACGCUUCUUAGACUCCUGUUUCAAGUAGUGAAAGAGGAAAAAAGUGGUGCAUCCAAACGCGCCUUUGCAAAUUCUUGUGCAUUUGUUAUAAAAUAUGCAGCCCCUUCACAAGUCCACAAGCUCAUUGAAGAAACUGCUGCUUUAUAUAAUGGUGAUCGAAAUUCACAGAUUGCAUGUGCUCUUUUAUUAAAAAGCUACGCAUCGACAGCUGGCGAUAUCUUAAGUGGAUAUUAUGCAACAGUUGUUCCAGUUAUUUUUCUCUCAAGGUUUGAGGAUGAUAAAAACGUGUCUAGUCUUUAUGAGGAAUUAUGGGAAGAGAACAUGACAAGUGAACGUCUCACACUUCAGUUAUAUGUAAGUGAGAUUGUUACUCUAAUAACUCAAGGCAUUGCUUCAUCAUCUUGGGCUAGUAAAAGGAAGGCAGCUAAAGCAAUUGUAAAGCUUUGUGAAGUGUUGGAUGAAUCUUUAUUUUCAUAUCAUCAAGUGUUGCUCACAUCUCUUAUGAAUGAGAUUCCUGGACGUAUAUGGGAGGGAAAGGAGGAUCUACUGGAAGCCUUGUCUUCUCUUUGUACAUCUUGUCAUACAGCAAUUUCUGCUGCUGAUCCAUCUUGUGAAAGUGCCAUAUUAAGUGUGGUAACCUCAGCAUGCAGUAAAAAAUCCAAGAAAUUUCGCGAUGCAGGCUUUAGAUGUCUAGAGAAGGUUCUAAAAGCCUUCAAAAAUCCAGACUUUUUCGGUGUGGUGUUCCCAUUAAUGUUUGAAAUGUGCAAUUCAGCAUUCAACUCUCUAUCCAAACAAGUGUCUUCACCAAAUGACACUGAAAAAGCAGAGGCACAUGAGAAAGAGGAAUCUUCUGUUCCCCAUGAAAAGAUUAUGGAUUGUGUUACAUCUUGUGUUCUUCUUGCUCGAUUAAGUGACAUUCUUAAAUGGCAAAAGGAUUUGGUACAUGUGUAUCUAAAUUCCCUAGCACCUGCUAUUCCUUGGAUAGUUAAAGUUUCGGUGUUCACAUCGAUUAAAGAGUUAUGUUCGAGGAUAAAUGAAGGGUUAAAAGAUUCGGAUAAAUCUAGCCAACAUGUUGAUACAUCAGCAUUAGCUAUAGAGUUGUUUUAUUCUUUAUCACCCAAGGUGAUCGAUUGUAUAUCCAUAGUAAAGAUUGCACAGGUUCACAUAGCAGCUUCUGAGUGCCUUCAUGAACUAACCAAGCUAUACAGAGACCUUCCGGAAGCAUGCAUAGCAGAGAUACCUUUUAAAACCGAGCUUCUCCAUCAAUGGGAGAUUGAAAAAAACGAACAGGCAAAGUCAUAUAUGAAGAACUGCAUCGACAUUAUUGACACUAUUCAACACAAAAUUCUCUAGAACAAUUUUUAUCUUCCCGGAUUUUGUACAUUCAUAAAACUUUUUCUUUUUUCAUUGUGUGUGUUUUUUAAUCUCACAAUCUUAAAACCCUAGACUUGGUUAUAUACAACAAUUGAUCUCAAGAGUCCAACACUUGUAUCAAUUCUUGCC